AUGGCUAGCAACAACGAAUAUGAAAUUGCUCUAAUCGAGAAUGAAAUAGAUGCUUGUUUAUGUGCUAAACUGCUUGCAGAAGAAUUUGUUACACGCAAUCCUUUGACGAUUUUUAAUCAAACAACAGCCGAGCAGUCAUAUGAUCGAUGGGCUUGGCCAUUCAUGAUGGAUGUACUUGAUGAAAAAUUAUCAUUCUUUAUACGACACCGUCCAACAAAUGAAAUUGUUGCAUCGAUGAUAUCUAGUGACCUAUUUUCAUAUAAUGAAAGAUAUCCAUAUGAUGCUUCUAGUCCUGCAUCUCAUUACCCCACAUCAGAUUUAUUUGACGAAAUGGUUGAUCAAUUUGUUCAUCAUGAUUUUGAUCACGAACUAAAACCGAAUACGGUUCUCUAUGUUACAGCAAUCGCAACACAAUCUAAACAUUCAAAAAAAAAAAUUUAG